AUGGUCAUUACGACGACUGUUGUGGUCCCUCAAUCGCCCACAAAUGAUCCUAUUUCUGGUUCAAAUAUUGGACACGGCGGCGGCGCCGGCAACGGCCCUGACAGCGGAUCGAAUGGUAGUCCUGGCAGCAAUCCGAACGGGGGAUCAGGCGGCAGUGAUAAUGCAAGUACUGCGGACGGACCAUAUAGUAACAAUGGUGUUGACGAACAAGAUCACGCUCCUCCCAUAUGCUCAGGGCCGACCUGUCCUCCACUGACAAGCACCCCAGGAAAUCCAGGUGGAGAAAGUGCAUGCACAGGAGUUGGAUGCCCUUCAAACCGCCCAGGGAGCGGCCAAAGCACUGGAACUGACAACAGUAACGGAGAUUGCACAGGGUUGGGAUGUCCAGCGGGCAACUCCCCGGGCAGCCGUCCAGCUCCGUAUGGAGCCUCAUCAGACAACAGCAAUGGAGCUGUACCGCCUGAUGAUGACGUCGGCGAAGGAGACGAUGGCAUUGCUGCCAGAGUAGCCCCAAUUGCAGGCGGAUGGUCAUAUCUCGGAUGCUUCAACGACAAUCCGCAGCGAACGCUGGACUGCGACCCAAGAGACUACUACGCAGGCAACAUGUCCAAUGAAAAGUGCGUUGCAUACUGCGACUCGAAGGGCUUCAAACUCGCAGGUACUGAGUAUCAUCGGGAGUGCUGGUGCGGCAACGUGUUCCAAAACGCCAAGCGCCUUCCUGAUAUGCAGUGUCGCAUGGUCUGCGAUGGCAACCCGGCCGAGCUCUGUGGCGGAUCUUGGGCUCUUACAGUCUACAGUAAAGAUGGCACGGCGGUCAACCGACCAGCGGAUACGAAUGAGGUGGGCUCGUACGGUGGUACGUCUGGCGAGAAGCGAGCCAGGGGUAUGUAUGACGCAAACUACUCUGAGAACCCAGGGCCAACGCCUGUCACGACACUCGUUACUGCGGCUCGUCCGGCUGGUUUCGCACCUCAGCCUCAGACUACCGGACUACCGAGCGGCCCUAGAUUAUUUACUGCCAGGAUCAUGGGGGUCUAA